CCACACCCUCCCCCCUCUUCCUCCUCCACACACAACGCGAACCCCGUCCACCCUCCGCUUUCGCCUUCGCAUCCCAAACCCUAAUCGAGCAGUCGAUCGAUCGAGCGCCAUCGACGCACGGACGACGUUCCGAGGAGGCCGAGCAGGAGCGGCUCGCUCCCGAUCGUCCGAUCCCGGAGUGGACGGUCUCCGAUCGGGGGAGGCCAUGGCGCCGAGGGCGAAGGACGACGGCGUACGGACGCCGGAGAUCGAGUACGAGGUGGAGGAGCUGGAUGAUCGGAUGGGGUCGUCGCAGGGGAGCCGCUUCUCCCUCAUCUCCUCCGAGUUCGGCCUUGCCCGACUCCGCCGCCGCGCCGCGAGCCGCCACCGCCUCUUCCAACGCUUCGUCAUCCUCCCCGACAACCGAUGGUACGAGGCGUGGACCAAGUUCAUACUGGUAUGGGCGGUGUACUCGUCGUUCUUCACCCCCAUGGAGUUCGGGUUCUUCCGGGGGCUGCCGAAGAACCUCCUCUUCCUGGACGUGGUGGGCCAGCUCACCUUCCUCGUCGACAUCGCCCUACAGUUCUUCGUCGCCUACCGCGACCCCCACACCUACCUCAUCGUCUACAGCCCCGCCUCCAUCGCCCUCCGGUACUGUAAGUCGAACUUCAUUUUCGACCUCCUCGGCUGCCUACCGUGGGAUAUCAUCUAUAAGGCUUCUGGAAGGAGAGAAGAAGUGAGGUACCUCCUGUGGAUUAGGUUAACGCGAGUGCGCAAAGUUACAGACUUCUUUCAAAAGCUGGAGAAGGACAUCCGCAUCAAUUACUUGUUCACGAGGAUAGUGAAACUUAUAGCUGUUGAGCUCUAUUGCACGCAUACGGCUGCCUGUAUCUUUUACUAUCUUGCCACGACUCUGCCUGAAGCGAAAGAAGGCUAUACAUGGAUUGGGAGUUUGCGGUUGGGAGACUACAGCUAUGCCCGCUUCAGGGAAAUUGAUCUUGCUAGCCGCUACAUAACUUCAUUAUAUUUUGCCAUAGUUACCAUGGCAACUGUAGGUUAUGGAGACAUACAUGCAGUUAAUAUCAGAGAAAUGGUAUUCAUUAUGAUUUAUGUUUCUUUCGAUAUGAUUCUCGGAGCUUACCUCAUUGGCAACAUGACUGCGCUGAUUGUCAAAGGAUCAAAGACAGAAAAAUUCAGGGACAAAAUGAAAGAUAUAAUAAAGUACAUGAACCGAAAUAGGCUUGGAAAGGACAUACGGGACCAGAUCAAGGGACACUUGCGGUUACAGUAUGAGAGCAGCUAUACGGAGGCUUCUGUUCUCCAGGAUAUCCCAGUUUCAAUUCGCGCUAAGAUCUCUCAAACACUGUACAAACCAUAUAUUAAAAACGUUCCAUUGUUUAGAGGGUGCUCAGCUGAAUUCAUUCAACAGAUUGUGGUUAGGCUACAAGAAGAAUUUUUCCUUCCUGGAGAAGUGAUUUUGGAGCAGGGUAGUGCAGUUGAUCAGCUGUAUUUUGUCUGUCACGGUGUGCUUGAAGGUGUAGGGAUUGGUGAAGACGGAACAGAGGAAACUGUUUUGCGAUUGGAGCCUAAUAGUUCAUUUGGAGAGAUUGCUAUUCUAUGCAACAUUCCUCAGCCUUAUACUGUUCGUGUUUGUGAACUUUGUAGACUCCUUCGACUUGAUAAACAAAAUUUGUCUAAUAUUCUGGAUAUCUAUUUUGUUGAUGGUCGGACAAUCUUGAGCAAUCUUACUGAGCAGGGUAACGAAUCCAACUUACGGAUCAAGCAGCUGGAAUCUGAUAUUACAUUCCAUAUUGUAAAGCAAGAAGCUGUGCUUGCUUUAAGAGUAAACAGUGCUGCUUUUUAUGGGGAUUUGCAUCACCUAAAAGGUCUAAUCCGGGCAGGAGCAGAUCCCAAGAAGACCGACUAUGAUGGACGCUCACCUUUGCAUCUUGCCGCAUCAAGAGGACAUGAAGAUAUCGUUUCAUUCCUCAUUCGAGAAGGGGUGGACAUUAAUCUUCCUGAUAAAUUUGGAAACACACCCUUGUUGGAGGCUGUCAAGGAGGGGCAUGAUCGAGUGGCUUCUUUACUUUACAAAGAAGGAGCUGAAUUGAAUCUUAAAGAUGCUGGAAGUCAUCUAUGUGCAGCUGUUUCGCGGGGUGAUGCAGAUUUUAUCAGAAGGGCCAUAUCAUAUGGUGCUGAUCCAAAUUCAAAAGAUUAUGAUCACCGCACUCCACUUCAUAUAGCUGCUGCUGAAGGGUUAUACUUGAUAGCCAAACUACUGAUAGAUGCUGGGGCUAGCGUUUUAGUUAUGGACAGAUGGGGAACUACUCCACUGGAAGAAGGACGGAAAUGUGGUAGCAAAUCUUUGAUGAUGCUGUUGGAAGCUGCAAAAGCCGAUGAGCUCUCUAAGUUUCCUGACCGUGCAGAUUUUCGAGAUAAAAUGCAUCCAAGAAGAUGCUCUGUGUUCCCUUUCCAUCCAUGGGACCCGAAAGAGAAGAGAAGAGAGGGCGUGGUGUUAUGGAUCCCACACACAAUAGAGGAUCUCAUCAAAUCAUGCGAAGAGCAGCUAAAUUGCCCAGGCUCGCGCUUGUUGUCCGAAGAUGGAGCCCGGAUAGUAGAUGUUGACAUGAUUACCGACGGGCAGAAGCUGUACUUUGUUGCAGAUCGGGAUGUGAAGUCCGAAUAGUGUGCAGCUCAAUUGAUUUGUAGAUAAACACGUCACGAAGCUCAUUACUUGUAGAAUUCAUAUCUUGUUAUGCGUGCCCUCGUUUUUCGUUGGGGUUGCAUUUAUGUUGUGAUGAACAAAUUGUUACUCGUGCUGUUGUAUUGUAAUCAGAAGCAGCUCUAUAAGCAGGGCUUAUUGAUAGUCAAGCAGUACAGUUUUGGUUUUCUCUAUUCCUUAGGCGUGGAUUUGAUAUUUGUAUAUUGGAUUUUGAAUGUUAAAUUUGAAGCAUGUAAUUUUCCUCCUUUGC